AACGAGUGCGCAAAAGGACAGAACUGACAUGAACCGGAGAAACACAUAUUCGUUGUCGCUGAGGAAAAGGAUUCUGAAAUAAAAAGAAACAGGAGACACAAAUGUAUUAAAGAAUGAAGUAGUCGUUAUGCCGUCGUUAGAAUGAAGUAGUGCAGUCGUUAUGCCGGUCAUUCAGUAGUAAUGGUUCUGUGAAAGCUGUUUAUUUCAGAUUCAGAGAGAGAGAGGGAUCUUUAAGCUUGGCUAGUUUUCCUUAGCUAGCUAAUUUGCUGUGGCUUAACGUUAGCGUACUGUUACUAUUACUGCACAGCAGCGCGGAUAAGGUUACUUAGCUGUCUAAGCUAAGCUAAGCUUUAUAUUCUAGCCUGCGAACUGUCAUUGGGACAAAUUGAUGGCUCAGCCUCUGUUGUGAUGGGGGGAGCAAAUUUAAGGCAGCUUUUGGAUUGAGAGGUAUUUUGAUGGCCACGUUUCAGAGUUGUAUACCAGGACGAGUGACAGUGUACUCGGUGCCGGGUUGCCCACACUGUUUACAAGCCAAGGCAACUCUGGGGGCCUUGGGUCUACCAGUGUGUGAUGUGGAUGUGAGUCAUGAUGCAGGCCUCCAGGCCCAAUUGAUGGAACUGACUGGUAGCAGCUCUGUGCCCCAGAUAUUCUUUAACAACGUCUGUGUGGGAGGAAACGAGCAUCUGAAGAAUUUGGCCCCUGAGAAACUUGAACAGCUAGUGCGUAUGGUGACGGAGACACCUGUGCCAACAGAUGCCCAACCGUUACCUGCAGGAAACAGCCCUGAAUCUGAAGAGUGGGGUGGAGGAGAGUUUAAGUGUGAGAGGAAUGCUUUUGCGGACACUGUAGAGGAGUUGAAGAGGAGCGGGCUGAUUGGCAGCUGCAGGAGGGGGUUGAGGGUACACAAGAACAGCUUUACAGGCACAGAGCUGGUGGGCUGGCUGUGCAGAGAGCAGGGUUUGGCUUCUGAACUAUCUGAGGCCCUGAGGAAUCUGAUCCUGAAACUGUACUCUGAUUACCUCUCUACUGAUGGCAAGUCAGUGGACUAUAAGGCCAUGUCUCAGAGCCCCUGUUUCAAGCGUUAUUGUGAGCUAGCUGUUCAGCUGCAAUGUAUGGAGCUGCUGUCACUGAGCCGUGAGGAAAAGCUCGCCUUCUUCAUCAACAUCUACAAUGCCCUAGUUAUCCAUGGGAACCUGCGCCUUGGCUUCCCCAAAAACAUGUGGCAGAGGUACCGGUUUUUCAACUAUGUGAGCUACCUGAUUGGAGGUGAGGUGUUCACGCUGCAGGAUAUUGAGAAUGGAGUGUUGCGGGGUAACAGGAAAGGGGCCGCACAACUUCUGAAGCCCUUCUCAAAGAAUGACCCUCGACUUCAGGUUGCGCUUCCUGAUGCAGAGCCUCUGAUUCAUUUUGCACUGAACUGUGGUGCGAAGGGUUGCCCUCCGAUUAAAACCUACACCCCACAGGGCAUUGACAGUCAGUUGCGCACUGCUGCUGAGGCUUUUCUGGAAAAUGAAGAUGGCUGCAUGGUGGAUUCAGUGAAAGGAGAGGUGAAACUCAGCCAGAUCUUUAAGUGGUACAAGGCAGACUUCGGUGGCACUGAUGAAAAGCUUCUGAACUGGGUUGUAGACCACAUGGGGGCAUCACAGAAGAAGUUGAACCUGAAAACCCUUCUGUCUGCAGGGAAUGUUAAAGUGAGCUACAUGCCUUAUGACUGGUCCACCAACAGCACAGACUAAACGAAUAUCUGUCUGCCUUGUAAACACUUUAGGGCUUUAAACUGGGCUGCUUAGAAUCUCUGGUCAGUUUGUAUAUUCUUCAGCAUUCACAUCAGAGCAGGGAUGUUCUCUGCUAAGACUGCAGCCAGCUUUCCUGUCAACCCUAGAGGGGAAAAACAAAACACCGCAGACUGACCUUUUCUUCAGAAAGAUACCUAUGCAUCUACAUCACUUGUGAUAGUUCCUUCACAUCCCAAAGGGCAAGUUGAAGUUGUAGCCAUAGCCAACAAGAUUUCUAAAAGUUUUUCUACUAGUAGUUUUUCUAGUAAUGAUGCUGGACUUCUUUAUGAUAAAGGUAUCUUUAAUUGUGUUAAAAUGAGUUCAGUGCUAUGUUGGCAAGUGAAUUGAAUUCUUCUUAUUUAUGGGAUCUGUUAUUUAUUUAAUUUAUUUCAUUUAAAGUAUUUAAUUUGUCUGAAAAGUAACUUUGUUCAUCUAAAGUCAAACACAAUUGACUAUUGUUAUGAAAACAAAUGAGCAUUUUGCACAUCACACUAAAGCAUUUUUAACCACUGGAACUGUUUAGCAUGGAUAAAAGUAUAUUUAACUGGAGUCUUUCCACUGAGUCAUCAUUGCUGCCUUCAUGUAGGUUGCAGUGCUCUCAGAGGUGACAGAAGCCUAUAACUUGUUUUUCAAUUAGAAUGGCAAUGUCAAGGCUUAUGUAAUAUCAUAUUAUGUGAUUUGCCUUUAUGACUUGCUUUUAGGCUAGAAAAUACUGGCGGAAGUCCUGAUUUCAGAAUCUUUAGCAUCGAUGAGCAUGUUCUGAGAGAUGUUUUGCAUGUCCUAUGCAACAGCUGGACUGAGAGUGAGAUAAUAUACUAACCCUAUUUUGGCCAGUGCCUUUUCACCCCAGCAUGGCAUUAAAUCCUACUCAACAAACCCCAAUUCCACUUCAUACUUAAUUCAGGAAAAUACAGUAAUGAAGUAUUCUGUGAACUGAAAUGUUCAUACAUAACAUUUUGUAGGUGUAAUAUAUGGGGGAAAUUAAAAAAGUAGGUUAACUCAUAAACCAGUUAGAGACUGACCUCUGUGCUUACCAGGAAUUAAGUCAAUGCAAACUUUCCCAAUACUGCACUCAGUUUUUUGCAUGAACCUGUUUUAUCUGAUUCUUGAGCAAUAUUACAUGUGAUUAAGAUAUGAUGAGUAUGCAAGAUUUAACAAUAAAGCAUAUCUGUGCACAAUA